GAAGUAGUGGUAAACGACGAAGAAGAAGCUUAGUUUUAGUUUAGCAGUUUCAGGCGAUAUGUCGUGGGGAAAAAAAAUAAUUUUCGUAAUCACUAAGUAGUAUAUCUGAGAGGAACUGAAGCGAACCGUUUGUCUUAAACGACUCGGCCCUGGCGAUCAACUGGCGUGCUAGCUCGUAGCAUGCAGCGUUAGCUCGGGCUAUGGAUGCGCUCAGCAUCGUUGUGGACGAAGUGGCUUUGGAGGGACUGGACGGAAUAACCAUCCCUUCUCUUUGGAUUCGCCUGCAGGACAGGAAACCGGAGUUUCCCCUGAAGCUCGACGACUACACCAAGGGGUUCAUAUGGAGGUCGCUGGCCAGCAACGUCGACCUGAGCUUCUACCAGCUGCCCGUGGAGCGAGAAGACGUGGAGCUGUUCGACAGAUAUAAGGAGAUCGACCUAGACAUGGGCUGUGAAGCUGUACAGACACUGACCUGUGACAGAAAAGAUGUUUAUUCUGUUCAUAUCGUUCCGGAGAACAAGCACGGGAUACAAGGCUCGUGUCUCUACUUCAAAGAGAGGAAGAACGUCACGAAGCAAGUCCGCUCGCAGUCGCUCACCCCGCUGGUUGACAUUCAGGAAGCUCUGGAAAAAUAUGGACGGACCCUUGUGGUGGUGGCUUCUCAGUCUCUGCGAUUUCGGACGCUGAUCGGAAGCGAGAACGACCCCGAGUUGAAACUCAGCAACGAAUCUUACUGUGUGCUUGAGAGAGUCGGCCGUGGACGUUGGCAAGGAGAAAUACAAAGUGACCUGCAUGGAGGCCUUUUCAAGGCUGACGGUCGGAGGAUGCACUACUUGAGGAAGUCUCUUGUCAAGCAUGAACUGAUCACCAUGCAGUCCUACGUCAGACGACUGAAGACAGGAUACCAGCAGCAUUCCAUCCUCCUCCUGCUGAAACGCUUCCAUUUUAACAGGCGGAACAAGUACGACAUACUGAUGGAGCAGGUGUCCAACUUUCUCCUACAGUUUCCUGAUCAGUUCACCACCGUGCAUAAUCUCAAAGAACACAUUAAUCUGAACGACAACUCGUUAAAGCGUGCGUUCAGAACCUUCAAAGAAGCCAAGCUGGUCCAGUUCAUAAACUACCCUUUAGAAGACUUGGAUCCCACCGCUGGACCUUGCACCAAUAAAAACGGCAGUAAAGUGCUUGUGCGCUGUGUAAAACUCCUGAAGCCGUAUAAAACAAGAGAGCUCGACGAUGAUGACGACGACGAUGAUGACGAUGAUAACACCGAAGGAGGAGGAAGAGACCUCCUGUCAGAGGGACGAGUCAUGGAGCGGGACCUCCUGUCGCAGGCGUACCACAUGAUAUUGUCUGCUGGCACAAAGGGAAUCUCUCAGCGGAGUCUCAGAUUAAAGAUGAACGUUGGGCGGCUGGAAUCUCGUAUAAUCUGCCGGAAGCUGCACAGGGACGGCAUGAUCAAGAGUUUUAUGGAGGACGAGGGUCGGCAGAGGACCUCCAAAUAUAUCAGCCACAGGUGCACGAGUAACAACGAUCAACUCCAGCUGUUUGCUAAAGAGCAGGAAAGAAACAAGCUGCUGUACUCCUCAGCGACACACACGUUAGACCCAGAACCCGCCUCCCCUAAAACGCCGCCGACCUCAAAAGGGCCCGGAAACAAAAGCGGCAAAACCGUCGCAGCCAAGAAAGGUAAGAGAGCAGACAGCAGGCGAAACAGAGAUGCGGAGGAGGGGCAGCAGGUUGCCAACGAUCCCACAGGAGACGUGGAGGAUGAAAAGCUGGAAGGAAACGCCGAUGAGGCAAAUGACAAAUGUGGAACAAAGAGGACAGCGGAGGAAGACGAUGUGAAAGCACAGCAGACAGAACCGGACCUUUCCAUCGCACAAUCUACUGAAGCUGAGCGUGAGAGCCCGGCCUGCAGUGGAUCUAUUAACGCUCCAACGCCUGCGUCUGUGUCCGUUCCUACUGCAGAAGUUCCAGUGGAGGAAGAGAAACAAUCCAACUCAACUCCUGCCAGCUCUUUGUCUCAGACUGAGGCUGUGCAUUCAUCCGAUAACCCAGCAAACACCAAGAUUGUUGAGGUUGAUAACCUUUUCCAGUCGCAGAGGUCCCAUGAGACGUACCGCCUGUUGAAGAGGAAGAACCUGAUUGUCGAAGCCAUUCGUAACUUCAAGAUUAUAGAGGGUCCCUUUCCGCUGCAGAAAAUCAUCAAUGAAGCAGAAAAGCAGGAUGGCGUCAGUUCCAAGUGUUGCAAGAAGACUGUUUUACGGCUGGUCCACAGUCUGUCCAAACAAGGAUUACUGAAGCUUUACACCACCACUGUUAUACAGGAUGGGAUCACCAAGAAGGUGGACAUAAUUACUCAUCCAUCCAUUCAACCUAGUGAUCAGAGAAUCAUUCAUCUCAUCGAGCAGGUUCGGUUCAAAAUCUCAAGCUCGUACGCAGCUGGACGUCUCCAGAUUGCAGGAGAAAACUCAGGAAAUCGGCUCAAUUCUGGAGAUCCAGCCACAUCUGAAGGACAGCGGAGCAAAUCUUCACAGAAGAGGUUCAGUGAAGAAGACGCCAACUUUAAGCCAACAACAGUUCCAGGACUGGGCAAAACGUUUGGCUACCAGCCCAAGAUGAUCCGUAUGCGUGCCAUUCACAGUUUUCUCUGGUACCUCAUAUAUGGCCACCCACUGCGGGAGAUCCCCCCAGAGCCGGUCUCUGCCAACCAGACGCCCGCAGAACCAGUCGGCUCUGAUCCUGACGCCAAGCUCCCAGAAUCCCAAGCCAAACAGGACGAGGGGGAAAACAAAACCUCUAAUUUGUCUCUAAUAGACGAGGGAUCAGGGGAUGAGGACGGGCCGCAGAGUGAUCCGUCUGACUUCAAAGUGUAUGCUGACGAAGAUUCAUGGAGGAGAUUUGUCCCUCCCAUUCCAGUGCACAAAGGCUUUACCAGCGGCUGGGCAAUGGUUCGCAAUCUUGUCCUUUGCUUGCCUCUUUCCAUUUUCGUGCAGAUCAUACAGAUCAAUUACAAGGUGGAUGAUCUGGAGGAUUAUCUCAGCGACCCUGUGAAGCAGCACUAUCUUGUGAGAUUGCUGCCUCCAAGAAUGAAAAGACAGCUUCUUUAUAAAAGGAAAUACAUCUACAACUUUUAUGAGAACCUGCAGAAGUUGACCUACAUGGGCUUAUUGCAGUUUGGCGUUGUUGAGAGGUUCAAAGACAAAGACCAGGUGUUUAUUUAUCUGAAACGCAACGCCUCCAUAGUCGACACAACCAGCUCUGAGCCUCACUACUGGCUGGUCCAGGAGCCACCUGACAAGCCUUUUGAGAGGCGCCAUUACACAUUCAACACCGCUGAGGAUGUGGAGAGCUUCUGGUUCGACUUGAUGUGUGUCUGCCUCAAUACACCACUGGGGGUGAUUCGUAACAAGAGAAGCGGCACGGUUGAUGAAUCGACUUCUCCUUUUGUGCACAAACACACCGUAAUCGUUGGAAUGGGUUACCUGCUGAAAGGCAGCUAUGAAGUGUGUGACGACGGCUCCAUACCUGGAGAUGGUAGAGGAGCAGGAGGUCUGGACUCUGAACUCUUCAGUCAUCUUAAACGCAACUGGUUUUGGACAAGUCACCUUCUCAUCUCUAAGAGGCCAAGCAGUCAAAAGGCACCAGAUGCCAAACUGCGACUGAAGAGCCUGCUGAGUAAAACCUCCCUCAGGAUGGCUCUUGAAGCUGGAAACUCCCUCAGACCCGCUUAUUUGACCAACAAGCAGCUUGUGAUCCCAGAAAACAUUGAGAUGGGGAUAGAGCCGGCCUCCAGAAACGACGAGGUGGUUGGAGGGAAAGGUCAGAAGAGGAAGAGAAAGAAAAAAGAAGUGGUUAAGGCGCCACGGAAUAAGAAAAAAGAACCCAGAAAACGCAGUCAAGCGCACGACGCAAAAGACCACCAGGCUCUGAAGCGGAUGACCAGACGGAGAGUCUACUGGUCCGUGCAGGAGGACUCUGUUUUGAUGCUCUGCUCGGUGGCAUUGCACCUGCUCAACAGCAAGCUAAUCAGGCCGUUCGUGCCCCACUGUGUCGUAAGAGACCUUCUCCAUGCAGAGUUCGAGAAGUCGAAAGAUAAGACGUCCCUCUCUGUUGGGCGUCGCUCGAGCGUCAUCCUCAGAAAUCGUCAAACGCUUCUGAACCACCGGAUCUGUUUGGCUGAGGUGCACCAGGACAAAGAACUGAUGAGCCUGUUGGAGGAGAAGAAACCCGCUAACCCUGAUCAAGCAGAGGACUGUGCCAAAGCCUUCUCGGAGUACGUGCGUCUGCUCAGACAGAAGUUCAGCACCGUUAUGUGUGUCGGCGACCUGGUCAUACCCGACGCCCAGGAGCAGAUCUUCACACGGUUUAAAGUUUCCGCAAUAGACGACGGAAAACAUGUCCCGUCCAAAGACAGCAUCAGCUGCAAAGAUGACAUUCAUGCCAUCGUCUUGCACAAUUUGAUCCAGAGCUCUCUGGCUAUGACAAAUGGACAGAUGAAGACUGCCAGAUCAUUUCAGACCUUCCGCACUUACACAAAGUACAACCAGGAGCUGCUCUGUCGAGUGUUCAUCCAAUCCAGGAAGAGGCGUCUGUUCAAUCGCCGCCGCAUCACACAGUCGCUUGAGCCGAAGAAGAACCGAGGCCUGCCCAUCCUGCCCAUGUCCUUCCAGUUGUCCCAGACCUACUACAGGAUUUUCUCAUGGCGCUUUCCUCAUUCCCUCUGCACCGACUCCUUCUCCUUCUUAAGGACUUUAAUUACCAACGGCUCAGGGGACGACAGGCCGGCCACUACCUUCUACCACGAGCCUGAAAUCAGGUCCCUGACCGGCAAGGAGGCGUGCGACGGAAAACCAGCGAGAAAAGGAAAGCACGGCUGUGGCAGCGAGACUCUGGAGGAAAUGGCCGGAGCAGAAGCCGCGGACGCAGCAGACGACAACCAAAGUACGGUGCAGGGAGAAGAGAAAUCAGUGGAGAUUGAGAACGCCGCGGAGAAGAUCGCACCAGAUAAAGAGGAGAAGCUAGAACGUUCUGGUCAGUCUGGAGCUGAGGACGGUUCCUCAAGCAGAGAGCAGACAGACGUUGGUCUCCCUGAAGAGCCGGCGGAGGCUGCGGCUGCUCCAGACACAGCAGCCGGAGAUCCAACGGAGGAUCCAGAUCCGUCAGACAUGCUGCCGUUCUCCCUGAGUUCUCCAGGCGGCGCUUGCGUGGUCUCCCUCAGCUUGAUGACUGUGGGACUGCUGAGCGUUCAUUUGUCCAUCCCCAAGCAAAUUGUAGUGGUGGACAGCAGCCUGGUGGACAAUGAUGUGGUCAAGAGUAUGGCUACUUUGGAAGAAGAUGACGAGGAGGAGGAUGAUGAUGAAGGGGAUGAGGGGAGAAAGAAGCUUCAAGUGACUGCACACCAAGCAUCACACACCAACUACUUACUGAUGCGAGGAUACUGCUCUCCAGGGAUCGUGAAGUUGCGUAAUCUCAACCCCAACGAUAGCAUCGUGGUGGAGUCGUGCAUCAUGAAGCUGAGACUGCGCGACACCCCAGCUCACCAUUGCUUCACUGAUCAGAAUACUCCGCCGUUUGACUUGACUAAAUACGGUCCCUCGCUGCUGCCCCCUAUCCUCACCCGCAACGUCCUCUCGCCAUCCUCCUCUCCACCCAGUGUGGAGGAGUGCAACAGGCGCUUCAUUCAGGACAGAGGAUACACCGCGCAGGACAUUGAAGCAUGCGCUGAGCUCAGGAGGAGUUUAGAUGAAGCCGAGGAAAAGGGUUUGGAUGAACGUGACCUCCACAUCUCCCAUAUCCACCUGCAAGAGCCGCGGUCUGGACGCACGAGGAGCCUCCAGCAAUACCUGAAGGACCUACAGGAAGAAGGUCAGGUGGUGCGAGUCGGGGGUUUCGGUGUCCGCUGGGUCCUCAUGGAGCAUGCCGAGCCGUGGCUCCUGACUGUAAACUGCAAGCAGGCGUCUCGGUCUCAGCUGAGAACCAACAAGGGUCCCCUUCUGAGAAGUCUUCACAACCUUCCCUUCGCAGUCAAGAGGUGCAGCAGGGUAUUGCAGCAGGUGGCGGAGGAACCACCUGAAAAAAAACCUGCCGUAGACGAAGAAAAGGAAACGGACGGAGGGGCCGUGGAUGGAUCAUCCGCCGCUGGGACCGAGGAUCAGGAUGAAGCCGAACAGCAGAAAGAGCCGGCAGGUGAUGAAGGUGGAGAUAACCUGCCGGGUUUGGAAGAGGAGGGACAAGUGCAGACCCAGCCUGAUGAAGAAGGAGAGCAACACGAUGGACAAGAGAAGAUAGAAACUGAGCAAGGAAGCAGCAGACCAAAAAGGACCAGAAAAUGCAGGCUACCUGGUGAUAAAGAUGAAGUGUGCGCUCUGCCAUCAGGAUCUGAUGAAACAGAGGAGAACUUGAGUUUCAUCAGCAGGCCGUGGCGCUUCAUCGAUGGAAAGGUGAACCGGCCGGUGUGUAAGGGAAUCCUGGAGGCCGUUCUCUACCACAUCAUGUCUCGGCCGGGGCUCACGCAGCAGGCGCUCCUGGUACAUUACAAAGACAUCCUGCAGCCGGUGGCAGUGCUGGAUAUUGUGCAGGCACUGAUAGAUCUGGGUUGCGUAACAAAGCGAACUCUGGUCAAAGAUCCUAAGCCUUCACUGUUCAGCCGCCCUGCAGCGACGAACAGGGAGACGGCCGCGGUGACGGAGGAACCAGACGCGGUGUUUUACGAGCCCACCGUCAGCUGCUGCCUGCGGCUCUGCCGGCUUCUGCCCAACGAGCGACACUGGAACGACAGCUUCACGUGACGCUGUUGCUCUUCUGCCGCUCACAUGCCUCCCUCCGCCUGCUGCUGUGCCGCGUAAAAAGCUGUAAAACUCAUUUCUGUGAAUAUUUUUUUUCUCACAUAAACAUGGUGUUAAAAGUCAAGUGUUCUGUUUUACUGUUUAGAUGCAACAAGGUUCUCUCUUACUGCUUUUUCUUCGUGUUUAAAUUUCCCAAUAAAAACUUUUUUUUCUACC